CUCCGAAUGGCCAACCUUAGCCUGCAACGGCCAGCUCCUUUCUCGAAACCUGGGAGCCAAUGUGGGCUCCAAAUGCCAGUCUUACUAUGGUGCCUGGGUGGUCAGCUCUGGACGGACGUCUCCUGUAUCCAGUGGCAGGGCCCGAGAGAAAAGUUUCGAGACAAUGCUGCUAAUGUGGAGAGAGGUAUCGCGCUUGUUCAGCUUGCCCUGCACUACUCCACUUCUCAUCCCGUCCGCAUGGUCAGGAUACGGGACAGUGAUCUGGGAGGUACCUUCCGGGAUACCUCCUGCGUUCUUGAUACGCUCAUUCUUGCAUCACGGAAAUGCCCCCAAUUAGCCCGGCAUUGCUCAAUGGCGAAUAUCCCGUGGUCCAUGCCUGUGCGGCUGGUAUCAAUGGACUAAUGGAGACCAGACCUGGAUCUGCAGAGGGGGUGCAAAGACAAUCACCAUGCUGGUGGAAUCCCAUUGACAGUCCUCUCUCCACCGGUCACAUCAUCAAGGAACUCUGAUUUGGAAUUCUCAGCUGCUCUUGCCGCCGCUGAGGGGUCGGAGAUAGAUUGGGUCCAUAGAAAUCGGACCCUCUCAGCCACGCUAUGCUGCAAGAGGAAUUGCAUAGUAUCGUGAACUGGAGACGAGCUUGCCACUAUUGCCCGCUCGGAAAUCUUGUUCACAAGCAAACCCGCAACAUUGCAUCAGCCCCCGGUCAAUCGCCCUAGCUUUGUGCCGUGCUGUUUUGACACUUAUAUAAGUGACCUCCCCUGCUGCAGGACACUGCUUCUCCCCCAGAUCUGUC